AUGAAGCGGAAAGUUUCCGUGUACGAUUCGUCAAAGGAUAAGACGCUCGGCCAGGUACGUUUCGGCGGGAAUUUGAGGAAUUUUUUGCCCGGAAAUGGAAAAAGUCGCAUUGUUUAGUGGAAGAUGCUGUAAUUUCUGAAAUACUUGGGAAAAUUGACUGGAGUUCUGCGAAAAUCUGUAAAAACGUGGCAAUUUUUGCAGGUGGUCAAGGGCGAGUCACCGAUAUGGAUCCGUGUGGCGAUGGCCAUCCUCCGCGUCUGGUUUUUCAUCUACGACUGCCUCAACUACCUACCGUACCAGCUGUUCAACUCGCCGACGGAGAAGUUGCGCAAAUCGGAACGAGUCAAGGUUUUUUUGCCCCGAUUCGAUUUUUCACGAUUUUUACCGAUUUGUUGCAGGCAAAAUGGGUGGACGAACGAGACGGACCGAUCCGAAACAUUCACGGACACGCGUCGGAGACGUUCCCCGGAAAAGACACGAUUGAUAAGGUGAUUGGGCGGAACGUUUUCGGGCUGUGUUGCGCUACUUUUGCUGAUUUUCUGCAAAAAAACGUUUUUUGAGCUGAAACCGGAAAUGGGUGGAAAAUCAGUAAAACUAGCACAAAAUCGUCCGAGGGCAGAUCUUAGCGGUUAACAUCGAUGACUUUAAAAACUGUACAUUUUGCAGGUUUGGAGACAAUGUGUGGAGCUGUACGACGAAUCGCCGUGCCUCGGAACGCGCCAACUGAUUGAGGUGUUCGAGGACCAGCAGCCGGGCGGUCGCAUCUUCGAGAAGUGGCAUCUAGGCGAGUACGUGUGGCAGAGCUACCGCGAAGUGGAAAACCAGGUCGGACGGCUCGCCGCCGGAAUCAAGGACCUCGCCAGCGAGGAGACCAACCCGAAGGUGGUCAUCUUCGCGGAGACCCGAGCCGACUGGCUGAUUACUGCGCUCGCAUGCUUCCGCGCGAACGUGACCAUCGUGACGGUGUACGCGACGCUCGGCGAGGAUGCGAUCGCGCACGCCAUCGGAGAGACGGAGGCGACGGUCCUCGUGACCUCGUCGGAACUGCUGCCUAAAAUCGAAACGCUCGGAAAGAAGUGUCCGUCCCUUAAGACGCUCAUCUACUUUGCGCCCGUCAACACGAAGGGACCCGCCCCGGAACUGGCGCCGUUCCGCGAGCAAUUCAAACACGUGCUCUCUCUGAACGGACUGCUCACACGCAACGCGGAACUCGUGCAGGAGUCGACGGCCGUCAAAUCGGACAUUGCACUGAUCAUGUACACGUCGGGCACGACGGGACAGCCGAAAGGAGUCAUCCUGUUGCACCAGAACGUGGUCGCCGCACUGCUCGGACAAGGAGACGGAGUGGGCAUCAUUUGCAACACGGACACGUACAUCGGCUACCUCCCGCUCGCGCACAUUCUCGAGUUGGACGCCGAAAUGACGUGUUUGACGCGCGGAGCCAAGGUGAGAGCAUCGGAAUAUUGGGUGUUUCUAGAAAACGUGACAAAAUAAUUUGCAGAUCGGAUACUCGUCGCCGCUGACCCUGCACGAUCGUGCAUCGAAGAUCCAGAAGGGCACGCACGGGGACUGCCACGCCCUCCGUCCGACGCUUAUGGCCGCCGUCCCGGCCAUCAUGGACCGCAUCUUCAAGGCGGUCUCGGAGGAAGUGGCCGCCUCGCCGCGGUUCAUGCAGGAGCUGUUCAAACUGAACUACGAAAGAAAGAGGGCCCGCUACCUCGAGGGAUACUGCUCGCCGUUCCUCGACCGCAUCGUCUUCAAGAAGAUCCGCCGUCUUUUGGGCGGAAAACUGCGUGGAGUGCUGUCGGGAGGAGCGCCUCUGAAUGCGGAGACGCAAAGAUUCAUGAACAUUUGCAUGUGCUGCCCCGUGGUGCAAGGAUACGGACUGACGGAGACGUGCGGCGCCGCGUGUGUGGCCGACAUCAACGAUUUGAGCACGGGAACGGUGGGACCGCCAGUCCGGUGCUCUGACAUUGCACUGCGCGAGUGGCCGGAAGGCGGAUACUCGCCGUUCAACGACCCGCCGCAGGGAGAGAUCCUCAUCUCGGGAGAGAACAUCUCGCCGGGCUACUGGAAACAGCCGGAGAAGACGGCCGAGGACUUCAUUCAAUACAAAGGCAAGAUCUACUUUGCGACGGGCGACAUCGGACAGAAAAGGGACGACGGCUCGCUGCUGGUGAUCGACCGAAAGAAGGACCUGGUCAAGUUGCAGCACGGGGAGUACGUGUCCCUCGCGAAGGUCGAGUGCGCCCUCCUCAACUGCCCCAUCGUCGACAACAUUUGCGUGUACGGAUCGAGUCUCGAGGACAGCGUCGUGGCGCUCGUGGUGCCGAAUCAGAAGCAUCUGGAGAAGAUUGCCGAGGCGGAGGGCGUCCCGACGGCCGAAUUAAAGGCGAUGUGCGAGGAGAAAAAGGUCGUCGCCGCGUUCAAGAAACAACUCGACGAGCACUCGAAGAAGAGUGAGUUUUAAGCACAAAUUCGGGGGAAAGCCUAUUUUUUGGUGGGAAAUUUGUUUCGUUAAUUUCGAAUUCGCAGUGAUUAUUAUUGAGCCUGUUACUAUGAACAUUUGUUUGCAGGCAAGCUGUCGCGCACGGAAAUGCCGUCGGCGAUCCAUCUUUGCUCGGAAAUCUGGACGCCCGAUACUGGCCUUCUGACGGAGGCGCUCAAAUUGAAGAGAAAGCCGAUUCAGGUGGCCUACCAGAAGACGUUGGACGAUCUGUACAAGCAGCAGAAAAAGGACUAA